UUUACCAGCAAAUGCCUUUAUCUGGAAGACAAAAUAUUUCGAAUAAUUUUAUUUUUAAUGGUCCGUUUCAAAGCAAUUUACGGCAGGCGAACGAUCAGAGUAGAUGUGCAGGGGUCAGGAGUUCGAAUCAUGGGUUCAAUUCCGCAAUCCCAUUGUGGAAACUAACUGCUGAAAAAGCAAUGGCGGCCAAUCUGGCAUUGUUACGCAGGAUCGACGAGGGGUCGAAACCUCUCACCCACCUCGUUCGCAAUUGGGCUCGACAAAAAUUUUCUACUUCUGUCACUCCCGCAACACCUGCGUUGGCCGCUUUACGAGAACGAUUAGCGAAUGGUGGUCCAAGUUUAGCGGAUUUUAUAUCACAAAACCCUCAAGAUGCAUAUUCCGUGGAAGUAGGCUCAAAAAAGAAUCCUCUUCCUAAGCCCAAAUGGAUGAAGGCCUCGGUCCCAGGCGGAGAGAAAUAUACAGCCAUCAAGACAAAGUUAAGAGAAUUGAAAUUGCACACUGUCUGUGAGGAAGCCAGGUGCCCUAAUUUGGCAGAAUGCUGGUCAGGUGGCGAGACGGGGACUGCUACUGCAACUAUUAUGAUUCUUGGAGACACUUGCACCAGGGGCUGCAGGUUCUGUGCAGUGAAGACAUCACGCAACCCACCACCACCUGAUCCUGAUGAACCUACCAAUGUGGCAGAGGCAAUCGUCUCAUGGGGACUUGAUUAUGUGGUUCUAACUAGUGUUGAUAGAGAUGAUUUGCCUGAUCAAGGGAGUGGUCAUUUUGCAGAGACAGUUAGUAAAUUGAAGGAGUUGAAACCUCAAAUGCUUGUUGAGGCCCUUGUACCCGAUUUUCAAGGGAAUUCAGAGUGUGUGCAGAAGGUUGCAACAUCUGGGCUGGAUGUUUUUGCUCAUAAUAUUGAGACAGUUGAAGAGCUUCAGACUGUUGUCCGAGAUCGGCGUGCUAAUUUUAAGCAAUCACUUGAGGUGUUGAAAAUGGCAAAGAGUUUUGCCCCUCCUGGCACACUAACCAAAACAUCAAUAAUGUUAGGGUGUGGGGAAACUCCAGCCCAAGUAAUUAAAACGAUGGAAAAUGUCCGGAAAGCAGGUGUUGAUGUGAUGACCUUUGGUCAAUACAUGAGGCCAACCAAGCGACACAUGCCUGUCUCAGAGUAUGUAACACCAGAAGCGUUUGAUGAUUAUCAAAAUCUUGGAAUGGAAAUGGGUUUUCGGUAUGUAGCAUCUGGGCCUAUGGUAAGAUCUUCAUAUAAAGCUGGAGAGUAUUAUAUUAAAUCCAUGAUUGAAGCUGAUAGGGAGAAGGCAUCCUCAUCUACUAUUUAAUUUAUUCCAAAAACACAAGCCAUUUGGCCAUUUAUUCAGUAUGUAGCAUCCAGCUCGAAGAUAAGAUCUUCAUAGAAAGCUGGAGAGUUUUAUAUCAAGGCAAUGAUUGAAGAUGAUAUGAUGCAUCGUCAUUUUCUAAUUAAUAAGAACCGAAAGUAAUAUUUACUUGGCCAUUUCUUGGGUAUAUUGCUUGUUGCUCUUAUACUAGGAGAUCCUUGGGUUGUAGAUGGUGCAGCCCACAGGACUCUUUUUUUCGUCUUCUGACAUUCUUCCUUUAUUACCAUUAGCUUUUUUUUCCGGAUAUUGCUUCUAUUCUAGGAGAUCCAAGGGUCGCAAAUGCCACAGCCUGCAGGUGGCAUUCUACAUUUUCCUUGUGUCUUGCUUUUCUUUUUAUAAAUUUUACAUUUUCCAUAUUGUGAUUCACAAGCUUAUCAUGAAUUCCUUUUCAAGAGA